CGUUCUGUAAACUAUGGAAUUAGAGCCAGCUCUGCUUGAGGAAUACCCAGCGCAAAAAGCCUGUUUUGAUUUCUUGAUUCACGUAAUCGAGGGCCAGGAUUUUGCUCUUUCCGAUAACUCAGAGUCCACCUCGUUUUCUUGCAAGAUUGCUGUUGGCAAUGCUGAAGUGGAAACUGGAGUUGCGAUAGCUUCGGAAAGUGGCGCUGUAUGGGACGAGUCGUUUUGCUUAGUUUCUUCUCAGUCGGACAUUACUAUUCAAGUCUAUGUUUGGAAUGGAACAGAGUCGUCACUUUUGGGCCAAACGGUAUUGGCGUUUGAUUCGUUAACUCAGUCUAUUCCGGAGGAUUCCUGGUUCAGUGUCAACGAUCUAUCCGGGGAGCACGGCUUCACGAUCGUGGGCCAGCUCCAUCUGUGUGUGACCGUGAGUCCAUCCUGCCAAGCCGACCACACCGAAGGCUUUGUGUAUGGCGAUGGCCGUCCUCCCUCCAUUUCCGCCCCUCCUCCCCCGCUCCCGACGGCUCCCAAGCCCGCUCCGGAGCUCCCUGCAGCGCCCAAGCCGCAUUUCGUCGAGUCUCCGUCUGUCGAGCAGCCGCAGCCCGCCGAGGCGCCGCAGCCCGCGCGGCACGUCUUCCCCGCCACGCUGCCCACCUAUCCCUGGGACCACAAGCCCAAGCCCAAGCCCGAGCCUCCUGCGAAGCCUGCGAAGCCUGUGAAGCCCGCCAAGCCGCUGCCGCCCAGGCCGGAGCGCCCCGCCAAGCCUGCCAAACCGGAGAAACCGGAGAAACCGGAGAAACCGGAAAGGCCAGAGAGACCAGAGAAGCCAGAGAGACCAGAGAAACCGGAGAAACCGGAGAAACCGGAGAAACCUCUGCCUGCGCUGCCCGCCAAGCCCGCCAAACCGGCCAAGCCGCUGCCCGCGCUGCCGCCGAAGUGUACCAAGCCGCUCCCUUCUCUGCCUCCCACCCAUGCCGCGCAGCCCGCACCCAACGCACCUGCUGUCGCUCCCGAGGCUCCCGAGGCUCCCGCUCCCACGGUUUGCGUUGUAGUGGAAGAGAACCCCGUGGAGAUUCCGCCCGUGGCUGCUGAGGAAAGCCCCGUCGAGGAAGCUCCCGUACCUCCUGCUGCUCCUGCUGCUUCAGCGGAAGAGAACUCUGUGGAGGAAGCUCCUGCCGCUGCUGAGGCGAAUCUCAGCGUGGAGAGGACGACGGAAGAAGAGCCAACGCACGCGGAGGAUCUUGCGAAUCUCUCAAACGGGGUUCAAGCCGAAGAGAACGAGCCCCCAACCGCUGCGUUGCUCGCCCCUCCCGUCUCAGAAUAAUCCGACCAGGCUGUUUUUCUCGAAGACCUUCCAAGAUCGCUUGUUUUCUAGGAUCUUC